UUUUGCAAAUCACCAACACCCUUGCAAACCUACCCCAUCACCAUGGCUCUCAUCGACAGGGUGCCUGGGGAUCUAAACCUGUACAUUGGUGGGUAGGUAACACCUGUGUUUGUGGCGAGUUGCCUAUCCCACCCCACAGUACUUAAUUCAAGGCCGGUGAUGUACGAGGCUAACAUGCCCAAUCUAGCAUGUUCACGCUUCGACGGCAUGAAGCACUCAAGCAAGCCAACAUCACGCAUGUUCUGUCUGUUCUGCGCAUGCCAUUGGACCAAGAACUCUUCAAGCCAUUCAAGCACAUGGUUGUAGAAGUUGACGAUGUCGAGGACGAGAAUUUACUUGAACAUUUCCCUGCCACAAAUGCCUUCAUUCAGGAAGGGCUCGGCAGUGGUGGAGGAGUGCUGGUUCAUUGUGCCAUGGGUAAAUCACGAUCAGCAACCGCUGUCAUCGCCUACCUGAUGCAAAAGCACAACAUCGACGCCUCGGAAGCAUUAUCACAAUUACGGCAAGCGCGACCUCUCUGCGAACCGAAUGAAGGUUUCUGGAAACAGCUCGAGCUAUACGGCGAGAUGCAGAAGCCUGAUAACGUAGAAGAAACUCCAGCGUAUCAACGAUGGGUCUAUCAGCGAGAAAUCGAGCUGAGUCGUGCGUGUGGCCAAGCCCCCGAAGCAGACAAGAUUCGCUUCGAAGACGAACAUGUCACUGACACCAACUCCGGUUUCGAGUUGCGGUGUCGCAAAUGCAGACGGCCACUCGCAACAUCACAGUACUUGCUUUCGCAUAAAACAACACCUGUGUUGGAUGACCAGAGCAUGGCUCCGCCUCCAGCUGGCCCAACUCGAGAUUGCGCUCACUACUUCCUGGACCCUCUAUCAUGGAUGCGUCCCGAACUUGAGCAGGGCAAACUCGAAGGACGUCUCGAGUGCCCGAAGUGCCAAAUGAACGUUGGCAAGUAUGCUUGGCAAGGCAUGCAAUGCAGCUGUGGAGACUGGGUUGUGCCGGGCAUUAGCCUCUCUAAAGGAAGAAUUGAUGAAGCGAGAAAAGCUACGGCCGGAUCUGGUAUCCGUCGUCCACCAGGUGCAUCAAUCCCGCCACCACAGGCUCAAAACCAGGGCUCUCCAAAGCAGAAUUUGUGAGGUUCGAGCUGGAUCACUGCCGAGUCAGAGAAGCACAUUGUGUUUCGUUGAACGGGCCUUCCGGAAGAUCGAAGAAGGACACGGACGCGCUCUUCAUGGUUAUGGGUACUCAGUCUCGUUAGUAAGAUGAUACCCUCCACUAUAUUAUCAGCCAUUGGCCGAGGUAGCAAUUAGCAUUGAGGUUGUCUAGAGACAUACCGGACGCACCUGCAUCCUCCUAGAACCUGAUUCUUGUUUGAAAACGCCAUCUGACAGGACAUGAACAGACUGGUUCAGCGCACACCAACUAGAUAUGCAUACCAGAUAUGGGUUCAGAAAAGUCUUCAAAUCCACCUGGUCAUACGUCCUCUCUUACUGUGUAUCAGCACCAACCCCCCAUAACUAUGCCGCAAUUGAC